AUGGGCGAGCUCCACGGCAAGAAAACCGUCGUCCCAUUGCGAAGUACCGAGAGUAAAAUCGCCAUCUGUAUUAUCGGCUGGUACAUGACCAGUCUCUUGACGCUCUGGACCAAUCGCUACGUAGUGGCCAAGCUGCGUGUGGACUCAAACUUGCUCUCGCUUACCCAAUUAAGUAUGUCAGUUGCUGGAGGACUGAGCUCGGAGCUCUACCUGGUGGGAUGGACAAUAUGCAAGCGCGGCUUGCGCCAGGUGCUGGACAAUGGACUUAAAGACAUGGUACUGCUCGCUGGUGUGCGCGUCCUUACAGUGCUGCUUGGACUUACUGCGCUCAAGUACAUUGCCGUCUCCUUUACACAAACGAUCAAGUCAUCCGCGCCAUUCUUCACCGUUUUGUUGACCUACUUUUUGCUGGGUCAACGCACGACGUGGAAAGUCAAUUUUUCACUUCUUCCAAUCGUGACGGGACUGAUCUUCUGUAGUCUUUCGGAUAGUUCCUUCCACGUCAUCGGGUUUCUUGCAGCGCUUAUGUCCAAUUGCGUCGACUGCAUCCAAAACGUCUUGACCAAGAGACUUCUCAAUCGCUCAUACUCGACCUCGCAAUUGCAGCUCUAUACUAGCCUGAUCGCAGUGGUCAUGCAGCUUGUGUUCAUUGUCUACAACUGGCUGGCGACUCCGCCUGAUCCAAUUCGUGAAUCCAACGAGACCAAUUGCUCUGCAGCUUUUGUUUUUCUUGUGCUAGUCCUGGACGGCACGUCCUUCUAUAUCCAGAGCGCAUUUGCAUACGCGCUCAUGAGUAUGGUGUCGCCAGUAACACACAGUGUAGUUAAUUGCGUCAAGCGAGCCGUGCUUAUUUUGCUGUCCAUUUAUCACUAUGGAGAGAAUGUGACCCCACUCAACUGGAGCGGAAUGGUUCUCGUAAUCAUCGGCGUUUACGGCUUUAACGCGGCUUCACGAAUUGAGCGCGAAAAAGUGGUGGCCAAGGGUAUAAUUGCCGCUUCAGCUAUUGUCGAGACUAGUACAAUUAACGCAUUAUCCGAGAUUCGGAUCGACGGUAAACGAUGA